AUGAGUAAACACCAGAGUAAACAAGAUGCUUCGGUGCCAGUAUCAAAGAGUAAAUUAUGGCAGAGUAUAGUCCAAAGAUUGAGCGUCAGAUUGCCGACUGAUACAGAGAGCCAGACCAAGAGAAAAACGCUGUCGAAGCUUUCCAUGAUUGGUUUCAAUGGGGCCGGCAUACUCUUUCACAGGCGCGGGGAUCGACUUAAGAUCCCGAGAUACCAGAACACUUUUCGUCUGGAACCGUUUAAAGCUUUUCACGCAGCGACGGUCGACAAGAUCGUUCGUGACGUAAUGGAGAUCAAAUUAUCGGCGAUUACAUCAUAUCAGCCGGAUCAGACAUCAAAAUUGUGUUUGGAAAUUGCCAGUGACGUGCUAAAGGCUGUCGGCAAGAAGGAUUACGACAGGUACAAGAUAGUGACGCAAGUGUACAUAAUCCAGCGCUUCCAACAAAGUAUGCACGCGGCCUUCCAGUGUCUCUGGGACGUGGAACGCGAUAAUUACUCGUAUCACGUGUUCGAAAACAAUCACAUAUACGCAUGGUGCUGCGUAUUCGGUGUGUAUUACGAUUAA